GAGGGUGGAGGACCAGGGGAGCGAGGAGGAGGAGCACGUGGAGGGGGACGAGGAGGACGAGGAGGAGGCCGAAGAGGGGGCGGCAGGAGAUGAGCGGGUGGUGUGGUUGCGUGGACCGUCGCAACUCCCGCGACGUCCGAUACCUCUAGCGAGACGCCCGAUGAUUCGGCCACUAGAGCCUAAGGGGUGGUUUUUUGUGCAGCCUGGUGAGCACAAACGGAAGCCCAAUGGUAUCUUGGGUCUUUUGUGCCGGCUGCACUUCCCCGGGCUCGUGAUGCAUGCCGGGGUGCUGGAGCCGGCAUACACGUGGGACCACAACAUGGCCAGCCCGGACGCUACUAAUCGCGAAGGAAGGAACUUCAACACCAAAGCGAGGCGGGUGGUCGGGGAGUUGUGGGAUUUCUACAGGUGCGAGGAAGGCUAUGAGGCCCGGGCGAACGAGCUGGCUCACCAGGCUUGCUACAAGCUGGUGAAGGACAUGCACUACGAGGCGCGUAUCCAGGCCGUCGUUGUGUACUGCGCCGAGUACGAGAAGAGGAGUGUCAAGAAACCAGCCGCAAGGGACAUCUUACUCACGCGAGACCAGUACUUAAGGGUAAAUAAAUGACAUCUCUAUUCAUUU